AUUAAAAAUGUAUUGUUGAUACGAGACGUGUCAAAUCUAGUGCUGUUGCGGCGAUAAAAUUUAAAACACCACGUAUUGGCCCACGCUAGCACUAUUUCCUGCAUACGAUUAUCCGAUAACGAUAAAAAACAUACGUAAAAAUCCCUGUCGUAAAUAAUCGGUUGUGGCCAUUAAGCGCAUAUGCGGGUCUAACAAAGGUUUUUUUAUUUAAAAACUAUGCGUGUGGUAUAAGAGUGCGCGUGGGGCGUGAAUGAGGGUGAUUUGUGACUUAGUAAGGAAAUUUCGCCGGAAAUUUAGGCUUAAAAUGAGUGGAGUGAAUAAAGAAGCGCCGAUAGGCAUCCAGUGCUUGCAAUGGCUGUCCGUCUGGUGUUGUCCGCGCUUGCAGAUCAACAGGCUACGAUGCUACCAGAUCUUCAUCCUCAUACUGACAUACUUCACGUACAUGACGUACCACCUGACCCGCAAGCCCAUCUCCGUAGUGAAGAGCGUGCUGCAUCAGAACUGCUCCGGGCUGGUGCCACCACCAGACGUGGACCCUCACGACGACAACUGGUGCAAUUGGGCACCUUUCAAUACGACGGACGCCAACACGCUGCUGGGCGCGCUGGAUUCCGCGUUCCUGUUCACUUAUGCUGGCGCCAUGUUCGUUUCCGGAAUGGUAGCAGAGCGAGUAGACCUCCGUUAUUUUCUCUCUCUAGGGAUGCUGUUUUCUUCUAUAUUCUGCUACUUGUUCGGAGUUGGGAAAACGUACGGCAUACAUAAUAUAUCGUACUACUUACUUGUACAGGCAGGGGCGGGUAUAUCACAGACUACAGGGUGGCCGGGCACGGUGGCCAUCGUUGGGAAAUGGUUCGGCAACAGCAAGAAAGGGCUCAUAUUCGGCAUUUGGAACUCGCACACCUCAUUAGGGAAUAUACUCGGAACGCUCAUAGCAGACCGUUUCGUGGAGCAAGACUGGGCGUUGUCCUUUAUCUACCCCGCCGUAGUCAUGGGGGCAGUUGGGACCCUGGUCUUCUUAUUCCUGGCCCCGGAGCCCAGGAUGGUGGGCAUCGUACUACCUGAACGAGUACCGCCAAGUAGGCAGUCCCGAAGAUCAUCGGAAGAGGAGGACGCACCGUCACAAGUCAUCGUGGGCGAUCAGGCGGCGAGCCUACGCCCUAACCGGCACUCCGCCAACAGUCAGCCACAAGCAGAGCCGACGGAGUCGACAUCGCUGCUCGGUCCCGCUCGCACCAGCCACACCCCGGCUGGUGCCGUCUCGCUCUCGCGCGCGCUGCGCAUCCCCGGCGUGGUGGAAUUCUCGCUGUCUCUUUUCUUCGCGAAGCUCGUCAGCUACACGUUCCUGUAUUGGUUACCGCUCUACAUUAAUACGUCCACGAACCUGUCACCGACUCAGUCUGGCGACCUGAGCACGGCGUUCGACGUGGGCGGGAUCACGGGCGCCAUCUUGGCCGGGCUCGUGGCCGACUGUACCGGCUGCCCGGGCGUCGUGUGCGCUUGCUUCUAUGUGCUGUGCGCGCCCACGCUAAUGGCAUAUCAAGCUUGGGGCGCGUCCUCAUACAUCCUGAACGUGAGCCUGCUCCUGGCGACAGGGGUCCUCGUGAACGGACCCUACGCGCUUAUCACCACCGCUGUAUCAGCCGAGCUUGGUACACACAGUAGCCUGGCGGGCAACGCGCAGGCGCUCGCCACCGUGGCGGCCAUCAUCGACGGCACCGGCAGUGUGGGCGCGGCGCUAGGCCCGCUGCUGGCGGGCGUAGUUUCGUCGGGCGGCGCGGCGGCGUGGCCGCGCGUCUUUUACAUGCUCAUCGCCUGCGACUGCCUCGCGCUCUUCCUACUGCUCAGGAUAGUGAAGGGUGAGGUGUUGCGCGUGCGACUAGAGCGGCGGCUCGCGGCGUCGCGGCAGACAAGGAUAGAGUGAGCGUACCAUCCGCCUGGCUUAUGGGAG